UCUAACAAGUGAAAUGACAGGAAUCUUGCCUAUCAUGCAUAAGAAUGCACAUCAAUUGCCAUGCAAGAUUUUAUGGAAUCCCCGCUGGACAACUGGAAUAGGCUUAACUGGAGGAGAAGAGCACGAGCAAGUUUUCUCCAAAUUGUAUCUAUAUGCUUAUGUGCUAAAGCAUAUGGCCAAACAUAACAGAAACGAUUUUUUAACAUUAGCUAUUCUUUAUUGGAACUGGGGUAAAAUUCAAAAUAUGCAUUUCCUUCUACGCAAAAAGCUUGAAAAAGCAAGAAAGGAAAUCAAACAAGGCACUCCAAAACUCGAGAAAUUGUUGGAAACCCAUAACCUCGUAAAUAAUGAUCUUCCACUGAUUCACAAGGAGCUGGAGACAAAAGCUAAGGCAAUUCUUGACCAAAGAAAAACCAAAAAGACUACAGUUGAUACACUGAGAAGAAUGCUGGAGGGCUUACAUGCUCAUUUAAAGACUACUUCCAUUUCUAUCUCUAAAGAAGCAGAAAAUUCGAAGACUCGGACAAAAUUAAGGCGGGUUUUGACUGAAACUAAACGAAAGGCUUUGGAAACGAUUGAAUUAAUUAAUUCUAAGGAUACAACGCUUCCAAUUUCUUACGAGGAUUUCAAUGAAGGUGUCUUUCCUUGGGAAACAGUUCUGGAUCGGGAUGACACGCACUUUCCCACACUUUCUCUUGCCGACAAAUAUAAUAUUGUUGAUUGUUGGAUGCUAUUGAAAAGAGCAAGGGAGGAAAUUACAUUGAGUAAGAAUGAAAUGAUAAACUACAUGCGAUUCCUCAUUGAUAAACGGUCAUCACUACAACAACCAAGUCAAAAACAUACCGGAGAAGACGAGGAGAAAUUUGCGAAAGGGAAAUCCGUCAUGAAAGUUUCUGAAGUUCAUCAUCUUAAUUUAAAAAUUCAAAUGGCUCUAACAACAUUUAAUUUAAAGUGCAACCAGGAUUUUUCAGAUUUCAUAUGUGAAACACAAACAAAUUUUUCUGAACCAGAAUUUGAGUUUGACACAUCUGAUGAAGACAAUUACGAUUCUCUCUCAGAAUCCGAAUAUUCUGAUGAAGAAACAGAAAGCUCAUCUAGCUAUUCGGAAGAUGAUGAAUCUUCAAUAUAA